AUGACGAAUUCUUGCAGAUGGACAAUUGUUGGAAGAUUUCUGAAAUCAAGGCCCCAAAUUGACACGAUUAGGUCAAAAUUUGAUGAGAAAUUCGCGAUGAAGGGAUCUGUCAAAAUUGGGGUUUUUGAUAAUUUCAACAUAUUUAUGACCUUCAACAACGAAGCAGACUUCAAUGGCAUUCUAUAUAAGAGAGUGAUUGAGAUUGAAGGUUUUCAAAUUUGGUUGCAAAAAUGGACUCCUAACUUCAAACCGGAGGAGGAUUUACCGAUUGUGCCAGUGUGGGUACUGUUACCAGGUUUGCCUUUUCAUAUGCACACAUGGCAUUAUACUAAACAAAUUGUUGCUGCAGUUGGUACGCCUAUCGAAAUCGAUAUGGCUACUAAAACGAUGAAUAGACCAAGUAUGGCUAAGAUUCGAGUUGAAAUUGAUUUAAUGAAGCCUUUAAUUCAUAAUAUCUGGAUUGGUACUGAGGAUGACAAUGAACCUCUUAAAGGCUACACUCAAAAAAUUGAAUAUGAAAAUAUUCCUAAGUAUUGUAAGCAUUGUAAGAAAUUAGGACACAAUCUGAUGGAAUGUCGUGUGUUAGAAAGGAAAAAACAGAAUGAAAAGAAAGAAGUGGAAAGGAUGAAACAACACACCAAUCCAAAAGAGGAUGUGCCUAAAACAGAUGGUAAAGAAAUUAUUCCAGAUGGGAAAUAUGAGGUACAGAACAGGGGAAGAGAUCAAAGGCCCUUUCCAGACCUGAUCAGGAAUAGACGAAGGGGUAGAAGUGAGCCUCCUAAGAAUAUAAGAAAGGCUCAGAAUGAUAAGAAUAUUGAUCGUAAACAAGUGGGGAUGGAGCAAAAGAACCAAGAUGAUUCUAACCAUGAAGAGACAGUUGAGCAGACUGGUCAGAAUAUGGAGAGUCAACAAAAAGAAAUAGAAUGUCAAGGAAGUCCAAAAGAAAAGGGUGACAAUCUUGAUAAUACAGAGAAAGAUCAGCAAGAAGAUCAACCUAUGAGGCAGACUGUUAUGAUCAAUAGUCCAAAUGAACUCACGGUUGAUUUGUUCGAAGGUAAAUGGCAGGAAUAUGGGAGCAAGAAAUCGAAAAGUAGAUCAGGCAAGAAGAGAAGAACCCCAAGAAAAAAUGGGAACAAUGAAAAAGAUAAUAUCAUGAUUACCCAGAAUAGCUUUGAUGAACUUAUGCAAGAAGAUGAAAAUUACAGUGCUAACAAAACUGAGGGUGAUACUAGUAAAACAACAGAGGAAAUAAUCAGUGCCAAUAAGACUAACAUAGAUGAAAACGAUGAAUGGGCUGAUAAAGAGUCCUCUGACGAAGAGAAUACAUCAGAUGACACUGAAGACAUGGAAAGUGAUAGUGACGAAGAGGAGGAAUCAGACAGUGAGCAGGAGGAGCUUCAGAAGCAAAUAGAAAAACAUGAUAUAUCUGCUAAGAAUAACAAGUCUGCUAUGAAAGAACAGAAAAGGGAAAAGGAAGUGAAUCAGAAUGAACCUCCUAAGACAAGGAGACAAAUGAAGAAAUCACAAGAUCACUCCAAAAGAGGUUUAGAUGAUCAAGUUUCUUAA